AUGUCUAAAGAGAUUCUCUUGAACUCCUCUGAUAAUUAUUUGGGUGUUUUGGGGAUUCUUAGAGAAGCCCUACAAAUCUUCCCAAGAAAUGGAAAGAUCAUGGCUUCAAUUGCUCUGUUCUCCCUCGUAUCUAAUUGUCUUCUCUUCUUAGGUUCCCAUGUCUUGAUCGAACCAUUCCUCCUUGAUUUGGUGACUGCAAUGAAGAAAGAUGUGGGAGUCCUUCUGCUCAAUGAAUUGAUCAUUGGAGUAGCCAUGUGGGUUGUCUUUCUUUUCUCCAUGAUUGCAACAGUCUACGCUUCCGCCGUGAUUUACUCCAGUGAGAAAAUGACUCUUAAAGAGCUUUUAACACACAUCGGAAGAACUUGGCGUGGACCGGCGAUCACUUGGUUCUAUAUUUCUCUCAUGAGUUUAGGUUGUACUUUUCUUGUUCUAAUUAUGUUUGGUUUACUUACAGUGGUAUACAAUGUUAUGAACAAUUUCGCCUUGACCACACCAGCUCUCUUGGUUGUUCUUUUGGUUAUCGCCAUAAACCUCUACUUCGGUAUGGUUUGGAUGGUUGGCCUUGUGGUCUCUGUUUUAGAAGAUGCUUGUUAUGGAAUGGAAGCACUUCGGAAAGCUGGAAAGCUUAUGGUGGGGAGAAAGCUUCAAGGAUAUGUAGUCACCCUUGUUUUGGGUCUAGUAUUCAUUUCGAUUUCUGGUUUUCUUGGAUAUGCAACCAGCCAUACUAAAUUUUCGGCGAUGGGGAUACUAGCUCUGAAUUUCAUGUCGACAAAUAUCAUCUGCUUGUGGAAAAUCUAUGGUGCAAUGGUGUAUACAGUUCUAUAUUUCGAAUGUAAGAAGAUCCAUGGAGAAGAGAUGAAAGUGGAGUUAGGUUCAGGCCAUAGAAUGUUCUCUACUGUUGUUCCCCGUUUUACUGCAUCUAUGGUAUGA